CAAUCACCAAAACGGAAAAAAAAAACAAAACUAAAACUAAAAUCAUCCUCCCGAGAAGCAAAGAAAAAAAUAUAUAAAAUAUAAUUUUGUGUAUCUCUGAAUCAUUAUAUACAACAGUUUAUACGUUUUCUAUCUAUCUCGAGCUGUGUUUACAUACAUAAAUAUUUUACAGAUAAAGUUAUAACAUGAGUGCUGCUUAAGUGGUAUCAGAUACGUCUUUUCAACUCGGCCCCCACAAUAUGGCUUCUGGUGGAAUGGCUCCAUUGACAGUUGAAAAAGUUGAUGGUGAUUCAAUGUUUGUUGACAAACUGCCCGAGGAAAUUAAUGAAAUGAAAAUCAGAGAUGACAAAGUGGAAAAGGAAAUGGAGGCAACUGUGGUGGAUGGAAAUGGCACUGAGACUGGUCACAUUAUUGUUACUACCAUUGGAGGUAGAAACGGUCAACCUAAACAGACAAUAAGUUAUAUGGCAGAACGUGUCGUUGGCCAGGGUUCUUUUGGAAUUGUGUUUCAGGCUAAAUGUUUAGAAACCGGAGAAGCUGUUGCAAUUAAGAAAGUGCUGCAAGAUAAACGAUAUAAGAAUCGUGAAUUGCAGACAAUGAGACUUCUUGAUCAUCCCAAUGUCGUUUCACUUAAACACUGCUUCUUUUCAACUACAGACAAAGAUGAGCUUUAUCUCAAUCUGGUCUUAGAAUAUGUGCCAGAGACAGCUUAUCGUGUGGCAAGACAUUAUAGUAAAGCAAAUCAAAGGAUGCCAAUGAUUUAUGUCAAGUUAUACACUUAUCAGAUAUUCAGAGCUCUUGCAUAUAUUCAUGCAAUUGGUGUUUGUCACCGAGACAUCAAGCCUCAAAAUCUUCUGGUCAAUCCUCAUACUCAUCAGCUCAAACUAUGUGACUUUGGAAGCGCAAAAGCUCUGGUGAAAGGCGAACCAAAUAUAUCCUACAUCUGCUCGCGUUAUUACCGUGCACCUGAACUUAUCUUUGGGGCAACUGAAUACACAACAGCAAUUGACGUUUGGUCAGUCGGUUGCGUCCUUGCUGAAUUGCUUCUUGGACAGCCUCUGUUCCCAGGUGAGAGCGGAGUUGAUCAACUUGUAGAGAUCAUUAAGGUCCUCGGUACACCAACCCGUGAGGAAAUUAAAUGCAUGAAUCCAAACUACACAGAAUUUAAGUUCCCACAAAUCAAAGCUCACCCUUGGCACAAAAUUUUUCACAAGCGGACUCCCCCAGAAGCUGUAGAUCUUGUUUCAAGACUCCUCCAAUAUUCUCCUAAUUUGAGAUGCACUGCUUUGGAGGCAUGUAUCCACCCGUUCUUCAAUGAACUUCGUGAUCCUAACACUCGUCUACCAAAUGGGCGUCCCUUGCCACCCCUCUUUAAUUUCAAGCCUCAAGAGCUAAAAGGGGCAUCUUUGGAACUUCUGGCUAAACUGAUACCAGAACAUGCUCGGAAGCAGUGUCCCUUCCUUGGGUUUUAAGUCAUUGAAAAUGUUAUCUGUUAAAUUAUUGUGUAACAUGUUUAUCUUUGGAUGCUUAUUUAUUAGCUUUUGUUGAACUACUUUGCCCUGACAUUUUCCGCACACUUGACACCAGGGCUCUAUGCAUAUGGUGGUGAAAAGUGAAACUUAUGUAGCCUUCUAUGGUAUUGUUGUUUUCUGAUAUAUGAAAAAAGUUGGUUGUGGUUGCUUAA